UGCAAGUUUUAAUCCCUGGCAGUAGUGAAUCAAUCGUUCGCAAUGUUCCGAAAACUUUUAACAGUUCUAGCUUUGGUCUCAACAGUGUAUUCGGUUGAGUUCCAGAUCAAGAACAAUUCUCCCGACACUCCAGUCUUUGUCCAACUCCUUGGUACGGAAUAUCCUGAUCCUUUCACUCUCCAAGCAAACGAAGAAAAAACUGUAAUUUUAAAUGAACCCUGGAGUGGACGAAUUUGGGGCCGUGUUGAUUGCUACAGUGUGGAGGAGUGUGGGGCUGCUGGCCCCAUUCCAGCCUCCCUUGCAGAAAUAACAGUGGGCGAUGGGAAUGCGUUCUACGACUUGUCUUUGGUUGAUGGAUUCAAUAUUAAUCUAUCGAUAGAGCCGGUUGGGGGCCAUGGCAACGGGGGCGAGUACAGUUGCAAAAAAUCGGAGUGUUCCUAUCCGAUUUUGAACGACUGUCCUGAUGAGUUGAAAUUGUUUAACAAAGACGGUGUUUUGGUCAGUUGCCAAGCCGCCUGUAAUGUCUUUAAUGACGAUUUGUAUUGUUGUCGAGGCGAACAUUCGACUCCUGACACUUGCAAAUCGUCUGAUUGGCCAGUCGAUUACGCAGGAUUUUUCAAAGAUAGGUGUCCAGAUGCCUACUGUUACGCCUACGACGACCAGCAAAGUACUUAUACUUGCGACACAAACAAAUUUAUUGUUACGUUUUUGUAAAAUG